GUUCAGUUGUCUUGGAUGAGGAGCAUCUUUGCCUUAGCACUUAAUGUUUCAGCUCUUCUCAGUACCAGCUGUCAGCAAUGCUCUUCAGUCACUACCACCACCUUAUCUCUGUGGGGAGAAACAUGUUUUUCCUUGGCUUCCUCUACCAUCACCCUUAAUGAUUCACAAGAGCCUAUGCAAGCAGCGAGGUGUCCCACUGACGAGCUGUCCUUGACCAACUGUGCUGUGGUGAACGAGAAGGACUUCCAGUCUGGGCAACAUGUUGUGGUGAAGACCUCUCCCAACCACAAGUACAUCUUCACGCUGAGAACCCACCCCUCGGUUGUCCCUGGCAGCAUUGCCUUCAGCUUGCCCCAGAGAAAAUGGGCCGGCCUUUCCAUCGGGCAGGAGAUCGAUGUUUCCUUAUACACUUUUGACAAGACCAAGCAGUGCAUUGGCACCAUGACCAUCGAGAUUGACUUCCUGCAGAAGAAGAACAUUGACUCCAACCCCUAUGACACAGACAAGAUGGCUGCAGAGUUCAUCCAGCAGUUCAACAGCCAGGCCUUCUCUGUGGGCCAGCAGCUGGUGUUCAGCUUUAAUGACAAGCUGUUUGGGCUGUUGGUGAAGGACAUGGAAGCCAUGGACCCCAGCAUCCUCAAAGGGGAGUCUGGAACAGGCAAAAAGCAGAAGAUCGAGGUUGGUUUGGUUCUUGGAAACAGCCAAGUUGCCUUUGAGAAAGCUGAGAACUCCUCUCUCAAUCUGAUCGGUAAAUCAAAGACCAAGGAGAACAGGCAGUCAAUCAUCAACCCUGACUGGAAUUUUGAGAAAAUGGGCAUUGGAGGCCUGGAUAAAGAAUUCUCAGAUAUUUUCCGAAGAGCUUUUGCUUCACGAGUUUUCCCACCUGAGAUUGUGGAGCAAAUGGGCUGCAAGCACGUGAAGGGCAUCCUGCUCUACGGGCCCCCGGGCUGCGGGAAGACGCUGAUGGCGCGGCAGAUCGGGAAGAUGCUCAAUGCCAGGGAGCCCAAGGUGGUCAACGGGCCCGAGAUCCUCAACAAAUACGUGGGAGAGUCCGAGGCCAACAUCCGGAAGCUGUUUGCUGAUGCAGAGGAGGAGCAGAGGAGGCUUGGAGCCAACAGUGGGGUGCACAUCAUCAUUUUUGAUGAGAUUGAUGCCAUCUGCAAGCAGAGGGGCAGCAUGGCUGGCAGCACUGGCGUGCACGACACCGUGGUGAACCAGCUGCUCUCCAAAAUCGAUGGUGUGGAGCAGCUCAACAACAUCUUGGUCAUUGGAAUGACCAACAGACCUGACCUGAUUGAUGAGGCGCUGCUGAGGCCGGGGAGGCUGGAGGUGAAGAUGGAGAUUGGCCUGCCAGACGAGAAGGGCCGAUUCCAGAUCCUGCACAUCCACACAGUGAGGAUGAGGGAGCACCAGCUCCUGGCUGAGGAUGUGGACAUUGCAGAGCUGGCAGUGGAGACCAAAAACUUCAGUGGUGCCGAGCUGGAAGGUUUGGUUCGAGCUGCUCAGUCCACUGCCAUGAACAGACACAUUAAGGCCAGCAACAAAGUGGAGGUGGACAUGGAGAAGGCAGAGAGCCUGCGAGUGACCAGAGGAGACUUCUUUGCAUCCUUGGAGAAUGAUAUCAAACCAGCAUUUGGAACCAACCAGGAGGACUAUGCCAGCUACAUCAUGAAUGGCAUCAUUAAGUGGGGGGACCCAGUGACCAGGGUGUUGGAUGAUGGGGAGCUGCUGGUGCAGCAGACCAAGAACAGCGACCGCACUCCCCUGGUCAGCGUCCUGCUGGAAGGCCCCCCCCACAGUGGGAAGACUGCUUUAGCAGCAAAAAUAGCAGAAGAAUCCAACUUCCCCUUUAUCAAGAUCUGUUCUCCUGAUAAGAUGAUUGGGUUUUCUGAAACAGCCAAGUGCCAGGCCAUGAAGAAGAUCUUUGAUGAUGCCUACAAGUCCCAGCUCAGCUGUGUUGUUGUGGAUGACAUUGAGCGACUUUUAGAUUAUGUCCCAAUUGGACCUCGGUUCUCCAACCUGGUCUUGCAAGCCCUUCUGGUGCUGCUGAAGAAAGCCCCCCCUCAGGGCCGCAAGCUCCUGAUCAUCGGCACCACGAGCCGCAAGGACGUCCUGCAGGAGAUGGAGAUGCUGAAUGCCUUCAGCACCACCAUCCACGUGCCCAACAUUGCCACAGGGGAGCAGCUCAUGGAGGCUUUAGAGCUCCUGGGUAACUUCAAAGACAAGGAGCGCAGCACGAUUGCUCAGAACGUCAAAGGGAAGCCGGUGUGGAUCGGGAUCAAGAAGCUGCUGAUGCUGAUAGAAAUGUCCUUACAGAUGGAUCCUGAGUAUCGGGUGAAGAAGUUCUUGGCUCUUCUGAGAGAAGAAGGAACGUGCCACAGGGAGUAGUUGAGCCCAGUGGGACAGUGGCAUCUCCUAGAGAAUGACUUUCUAAUACAUGUAGGGCAGUACCUGUGCUGGGGAAACUCACACCACUAUCUAUCCUGGCUACAUGUGAGUGGGUUCCAGUGUGUGCUUGAUGCUUUAUACAUGUGCAUGAUGCUUUCCUGAUGGAUUUGGCUUCUUUUGCAAGAGUCCCUACCCUAGACUGAAGGUGGACCAAGUGCAAGAUCAACAGCUGGAAAAGUGACCAACCUGGAGAACAAACACUGGGAUCUUUACUCUUCUGUGCUCAACACACUGGACAAAGUGAAACGCUCCCCUGAUCCCCAGAGCCCCAUGUGGAACCUGCAUGUGUAGUGCAAUACAGUACCUUUAUUCUUUGUCUUUCAUAUUCUGAUGUCACGUGGAAGUGUCUCCUGGAGCACUGUGCUUCUGUCUCCGUGCGUUUUGGGGUGAGCAGGGGCAAUGUCCUGUGAGCUUUGGGGCUGACCCUCACUUGUGUCCAGCAUUCCUGCAGUAGGAAAGAGAUCCUGGCUUCCAAUAAACCUGCCAGUCUGGUGGAGGGAUGCUGAAGCACUGCUCUGUCUGAUCCUGGCCAGGUGAAGGCUUUUUGUGGUGUCACCCCACAGACAGAGCCCACAGGAGUCCAGCUCCAGGAGUGCCUGGAUGCUGCACCCCCUUUAUUUAUAUCCAGGUAUUUUGGGGCCUGAUGGGACACUGCUGGUGGCACUGGGGACUGGAAGAGGGCAGGGAAGUGUUGAUCAGAGUAGAGGAAAUUUCCAAAUCCAGUAUUUAAGGCAUCAGACCUUGUUGUUAAUUCAACAACAGUUUCAGCAAUGCUGGUUCCAGCCUCCAGCUCUUCCUGAGUUCCUGUAGUUGGCAGCUUUGGUAUCCUCCAGCCUCAUUUUGUCCCUUUUUCCUGCCAUGUUACCAAAGGUUGAAAUUCCUCCUUAGAGACAGAGGAGGCCAAGCUCUGCAGGCGCAGGAGAUGUGUGUGGCCAUGUUUUUGCACUGAAAUAAAGGAAUGUAUCAAACCUUGCUCCACGCUCCUUCCCGUGCUCCUGUGGCCUCAGGGAGACGCUGAGGCUGCUCCCCUGGGUUCCACUCCUUCCAGAAGGUUCCUGGAACAUACCUCAGUGUGGUGGGGCAUGAAAUCAAAGCCAUUUAGCAGAUGCUAGUCAGUGUAGCUUCCUAAACUCGACCAGACCCACUGUAAGGGCUAGCAGUGGUAUGCAGAGGGGUGUUCCCAGGGAAGGAGGGUCCCCACGUCCUUCCAGGCCCAGGUGGAGGUACUGCAGUCCUCAGUGUGCUCACAGCAGUUGGAGUGUUUCAGGCACUCCACUCUGCUCCUCUGGCAGUGCUGUUGUGUUGUGAUGCUGUUGUGAGUCCCAGUGCUGGUUCCCUCUCAUUUUGUGUAGGAUCUUGUGAAUUUAUUUGUUCCUCCCUUCCCUCUGCCAGUCCGAGUGACAGCAGCACACAGUAACUUAUAUUUCAGAGUAAAUGAUGUGAACCUUAUCGUGUCUGUGUCCGGAACUAUAUUGAUGAAUAAAUAUCUGGUUUAAUUGCACAUUCAAUGGAUUCAAUAAAAAGCACAACUCCUUGUGAUGA